AAUCAAAUUGACUUUCUUUUUAAUGGUGGACGUCCCGUCCGCUAAGAGUGUGUCCCUAGAAUUUAAGUAUUUAAAACAAUAAAAUGUCGUUAUCGACAACUCGUCCGCUCGUAAGCGUCUACAAUGAAAAGUCUGAAGAAGUCAAAGGGUCGAGCAUCGCUCUUCCCAUUGUCUUCAAGGCCCCAAUCAGGCCUGAUGUGGUCAAUUUUGUCCAUCAGCAAGUUUCCAUGAACCGUCGUCAACCUUACAGCGUAAGCGACAAAGCAGGACAUCAAACUUCUGCUGAAUCCUGGGGUACUGGACGUGCCGUCGCCCGUAUUCCCCGUGUCCGUGGUGGUGGUACCCAUCGUUCCGGACAGGGUGCUUUCGGCAACAUGUGUCGUGGUGGUCGUAUGUUCGCUCCCACCAAACCUUGGCGCCGUUGGCAAAGACGUGUAAACAUCAAUCAGCGUCGUUAUGCUUUGGCUUCAGCUAUUGCCGCCAGUGGCGUGCCAGCUUUGGUCAUGUCCAAAGGACACGUUGUUGAUCAAAUCCCUGAAUUGCCUCUGGUAGUUUCCGACAAAGUCCAGGAAUUGACCAAGACCAAACAAGCGGUUCAAUUUUUGAGACGGAUCAAGGCUUGGCCAGACAUCCAAAAGGUAUACAAAAGUCAACGUUUCCGUGCCGGUAAAGGUAAGAUGCGUAACAGGAGGAGAAUCCAACGUAAAGGGCCUUUGGUUGUCUACCAUCAAGAUCAAGGUCUUCGUAGAGCCUUCCGUAACAUUCCCGGAAUCGACUUAAUCAGUGUUGAAAAACUCAAUCUUUUGAAAUUGGCCCCUGGUGGUCAUGUUGGACGUUUUAUCAUUUGGACAGAAUCAGCUUUUGGAAAAUUGGACAAAGUUUUCGGCAGUAGUUCAGCUCAGAAAGGCAAUUUGCCUCAGACCAAAAUGGCCAACACUGAUCUUUCAAGAUUGUUGAAAUCUGACGAAAUCAAGGCUGUUUUGAGGAAACCACAGAAAAAGAUUGUUCGUCGUGUACGUCGUCUCAAUCCAUUGACCAACACCAAGGCUUUGGUCAGGCUCAAUCCAUUCGCCGCUGUAUUGAAAAGGGAGGCGAUUUUGUCGCAACAAAAGAGGGCAAAAUUGGCUGCAGCGCCUGCAGUCAAGAAGGCGCCUGUAGCCAAGAAGGUGCCUGUAGCCAAGAAAGCGCCUGCAGCCAAGAAAGCGCCUGCAGCCAAGAAGGCUUAAGAUUGUAACCUUAAUAAAAAUAUAUAAAAAAAUAUUAAAAUAAAUUGAGUAU